AAAGCGCGGAGUUUUAGUUUGCGGAUCUGCAGCAGCAGCAGUAGCAGCAGAGCGACUCCUGUGUGCUCCAGAGGCUGUGGGUCCGAGCGAGAAGUUUUAGAACAUUUCUGCCCUUAAUAAUUAAAUACAGAGUCUGGAUUUAAAGCAUCUCACUGCAUGAAGCGCAGAAUCAGAGGAAAUUGGCGGGUUUUGAUCAGAGGAUCUCGGAUAAACGCGCCUAGAGAUGGAGAUGUCCUUUUCUAGGACGCGCGGAGAGGAUCCAGAUUGUCAGGACACUGAUUCUGAUGUAGCAGACCAGAAGGACUGCGGGAAAGUUAAAGUGAAGUGGGCGCAGGAAGAGGAUGAUAAUCUGCGAACGCUGGUUCAGAGUUUAGGAACGGCAGACUGGAAAUACAUCGCCAGUUUUCUUCCAAAUCGAUCAGAAAAUCAGUGUCUGCACCGAUGGUACAAAGUUUUGGAUCCAGACCUUGUCAAAGGACCUUGGACUAAAGAAGAAGAUGAAAAGGUAAUAGAGCUGGUGAAUAGAUAUGGUAACAAGCAGUGGGCCAUGGUGGCUAAGCACCUAAAGGGGCGCCUGGGGAAGCAGUGCCGCGAGCGCUGGCAUAACCACCUGAAUCCUGAUGUGAAGAAAUCCUCCUGGACCGCAGAGGAGGACCUGAUCAUUUAUAAGGCCCACUGCGUUCUGGGCAACCGCUGGGCUGAGAUUGCCAAACUACUGCCUGGAAGGACGGAUAAUGCGGUGAAAAACCACUGGAACUCCACCAUCAAGCGUAAGGUUGAGAUGGGUUACUAUUCUGGAGUGGACACAACUCUACACAUAGUUCCUCAGCCUGAGCCAGAGGAGGUUGUAGUUCAACACACUGCUGAUCCGCCGGAGGAGUUCUGCUACAAGGACGCCACAGAGGGUCUGUCUGUAGAAGUUGUGACACAGGCUCAUCCUGAACCUCCGAAAGCUGAAGCUGCUCCAGUCAGCUCUGCGACUCCUAAACGCCCCCGAGCUCCGGCAACCCCUAAGAGUGAAUCUGAUAACGGGGCCGCCUUGAGUAUAUCGGGCUGGGAGGCAGACGGCUCCGGCUUCCUCUCGCCCUCGGCAGCGCCCACUCUGAAGGAGGUUAUGGAUAUGAUGGAUGGGGACCUGGAGGGUUGGUGUAAUCUGGCUGAUUUUGACCUUUCUGCAGAUGAAAGCCAGAGUUCAGAGGUUUUACAGUUUCGGCUUGAGGGUAGCGCUCUGCAGGAGCUCAGUAAGGGCAGUAAAGGGGAGCUCAUCCCAAUCUCUCCUGGUGGAGCCACACCCCCAUCUAUACUGAGCCGACGAACACGCCGUCGCAUUGCCCUGUCUCCAGAUGCCAACAACUCCAUGACCCCCAAAAGCACUCCUGUAAAGAUCCUCCCCUUCUCUCCCUCACAGUUUCUAAACCUAUGGACCAAACAAGACACAUUUGACUUGGAAAACCCCUCCCUCACCUCUACUCCUGUUUGUAGCCAAAAAGCCAUAGUCACUACGCCCCUGCACCGCGACAAAACUCCCCUUACUCAGAAAGAAAACUCAGUGUUCAUCACGCCAAACCACAAGGCUGAUUUGGACAAUACUCCUCGAACUCCGACCCCGUUUAAAAAUGCUUUGGAGAAAUACGGCCCUAUACGACCUCUGCCCCCAACACCUAACCUAGAGGAGGACCUGAAGGAGGUUCUGCGCAGCGAAGCUGGAAUUGAGCUCAUCGUGAAGGACGAGAGUCCACCUGAGCGAAGACCCAAACAAAUGCAUCGGCCUCCCAUGAAGAAAGUCCGCAAAUCAUUGGCUCUGGAUGUGUUGGACUGUAAUGACCCUGGCCCAGCUCGACGACAGCACACUAUUUUUCCUACCAAACCCAGCAGAAAGGCAGACCAGUCACUGUCACGCUGCCUGAACUCCUCAAUUACAGUGAAGAAGGAAGAGAAUGUCUUGGACCAGGGUUUCAUCAUUGGCCCUAAUGAAAGUGGAGUACCAACCAAACCUGCACAACCUACCUCCAAACUGAUUCCUAUGACCCCAGCAUGGGAAACGGUGGCAUGUGGUCGAACGAAGGAUCAACUGAUCAUGACUGAGAAAGCCCGGCGUUAUCUUCGCUCACUGAAGAGCAGCACACACCCCCGAGCUCUUAUCCUCUCCUGAGGUUGCACUAAACCUGCCAACGGUCAUUCAUAAAUUAUCGUAAAUGUUCAUAAAAUGUGUCUCAUGUUACAAACUAAGAUGUAAAAAAAAAAGGAAUUGUUAAUAAUGUGUAAUAGAAAGGAUGAAUGUAAAGCAGUGUUGUAGAUAUCAGGAAUGCUUUGUUCUUAUGACCGUCAGUCAUGGUGAAUUAGUGAUUGUGCUAUCAGUCAUUCCUCUCAGGUUGUGGUGAUUAUAUACCACAGAGUGUGUGCACCACAGACUACAUUCAACAUACAUUCUGUGUUUCUAAUUUAUUGAACUUCUUAAAUGCUUGGUGAAAUAUGCACCCAUGCCUUUACCUUGGCAUCACAUUCCCUUACACUUGAGCAGUUAUGUAGAAAAAGACAAUUCAGGGUUGUUUCACCUUUUUGUUACAUUUUCUAUAAUGGUAAUAUAGAAACAGCAGAUAAUGAGGACCAUCCAAGCUAUAGGUAGACACUAGUCUCUACUGGUUUCCUAACUAGGAUAAUUGUGAUGUGUAGAAUUUUGUAAUCCUAUUUUAUACACAUUGCUUAACUAUGCUUCUCUGCCUUGAGAGUUCCACCGCACUCUGCUUUGUUUGUCUAAAUAGCUUGACUGCUGGUUGCUGUAUGUAGUGCUGAAAAAAAAUUAAAUAAAAUCAUCAUCUGCCACAUAAA